GUCCAGACCUCAUCAUGGGGAAGACACCGGGAAAAUGGAUCAAAACUGUGCUAUUUGGGAAAAAGUCAUCCAAAUCCAAUAUUUCAAAAGCAAGAGAGAAACUUGUUAAACAGAAAGAAGCGCCUAUUGCUUCCAAGGCAUCAGAAACUGAGUUCUCUUUUGAUCCAACUCCCACUACUUUUGCUAGAAGUGAGAGGGAUCCAGAAGUGGAAAAUAAUGGAUCAGAAAAUCUUUUGCUGCAGAAUCAAGCAGAUAUUGCAGGAUCUGAUCAUCAAGAUGCCCCUCCUGAUCCAGAGAGAAUUAUGCAGGAUGAAUCUGCAACAAAGGUGCAGGCUACUUUACCUCCUGAUCUAGAGAAAAUUAAGCAGGAGAAAGCUUCAAUGAAGAUGCAGGCUACUUCACCGCCUGAUCUAGACAAAAUUAAGCAGGAGGAAUCUGCAAUUAAGAUGCAGGCUACUUUACCUCCCGAUCUAGAGAAAAUUAAGCAGGAGAAAGCUUCAAUGAAGAUGCAGGCUACUUCACUGCCUGAUCUAGACAAAAUUAAGCAGGAGGAAUCUGCAAUUAAGAUGCAGGCUACUUUACCUCCUGAUCUAGACAAAAUUAAGCGGGAGGAAGCUGUAAUGAAGGUGCAAGCUACUUUCAGGGGUUAUUUGGCUCGCAGGGCUUUCAGGACUCUUAAAGGCAUAAUAAGGUUGCAAGCACUUGUCCGAGGGCACUUGGUUAGGAGGCAAGCUAUUUCUACUUUAUGUUGCAUGUAUGGGAUUAUCAAGUUACAAGCACUUGUUCGUGGUCGAAGAGUUAGGCAGUCUGAUGUUGGGCAUGAAAUGCAUGGGAAAUGCAAUCUUGUGAAGCCUCUGGUUGACAAGUGCGGCAACUCAGUUGGCUUAACCGCAAAAAUUGCAAAUACGUCAGCGAAUGUUUUUAUCCACAAGCUUCUUGCUUCAUCAACUGCAAAAACUGCUUCGCGUCUUCAAUACGCAUCUGGGGAUCAAAAUGUAGUCCUAGGUUGGUUGGAGCGCUGGUCAGCAUCUCACUUUUGGAAACCAGUUCCCAAACCCAAGAAACUCAUAGACUCUAAAUCUCAGAGAAAGCUGGGUAAUAUUUCAAAUGGAGAUGCUCAGAUGAGCAAACCAAAACGUGCUAACUGGAAGAUUCCUUCUACAAGUUUAGACUUGGUCUUAAUGCGAGAAAAUUCUGAUUUUGAGAAGCCAAAAAGAAACCUGAGAAAAGUUUCAAGCAAGCCCACAGAUCCAGUGCAGGAAAGUUCAGAAAAUGAGUUUGAGAAGGUUAAGCGUAACUUGAGAAAGGUUAGUAACCCUGUUGUAGAGAAUUCUGCUCAGUCAGAAGUUGAAUCAGAGACUGCGAAGCAGCAUCCGGAAGAGGAAGCAGUUACCUCAGGCUAUUGUGUUUCAGAAGAUGGGAUCAAAAGCUGUUCCAAUGAGAAGAUAAAAAUGGACACAACAUUGGCCAUGUCCAAUGAGCCUAAUGGAGAAGUUACACUUAGAAUUUCAGUUGGCAAGGAGGCGUCUAACAUUCCUGAUACUCAAGUGCCCAUCAAUUCGGCACCCUUGAGAGAGAAUACAAGUAGAUGGAAAAACAAUUCUGGUGAAGAAGAUGCCAAAGUGCUAAAAGAUCCACACGAGAGUUGUAAUGAUGAAAAUUCUCCCCUAAUAAAUGGGCAUUUGAGUCUUAAGGAAGAUUCAACCAGAAAUGAAAACCAGAAAGCCAGUGGGAAAUCCCCAGCUCUAGCUAAGCAGGAACCUGUGGAGGAUGGUUUACAGAAUAGCCCAACUCCCACUUUACCAAGUUAUAUGGCGGCUACUGAAUCUGCCAAGGCAAAGUUGAGAGCACAAGGGUCCCCAAGGUUAGGACAAGAUGGUGGUGAGAGAAGCAACCUUACCAGGCGGCAUUCUCUGCCAUCUUCAAAUAACAGUAAAAUUAGUUCGCAUUCGCCAAGAACACACAGACCAGCUCAAGCAGGAGGCAAAGUGGGACACAGGACUGACAGAGCAACAGGUUCUUCCAGAAGUGCUAAUGGAAAGUUAACUCAAGCAGAGUGGAGAAGGUGAUUUCAACUAAUGAUUUUCUGGAGUUUAUCAUGACGAUAUGCUGAAACUUGCAGAGCUCGUGUAUCUAUCAUGAUAAUUGUUUAAUUGUUGAACUUCACAGAACUAUAGGAGAGGUGAAUUUGAUCGGCUUGUUUUUCCUUUUGGUGUAUUUGGGCUUUUGAGGGUGGUUUCUGCAUUAUUUGUGGUUCAAGUUUUUGAAAUGCUGCAACCCGAAAUUUAACUCCUGCAUGCCUUUUGACUUUUGACACGACCUGGGGACUAUCCAUUUUGCUUGGGAUUAGUGUGUGAUUUUUAACUUGGCCUUGGGUCAUCUCUCACCUGAGGACUAAUCUUACUUCUUGAUAUCAUCAUUCAUAUAUGUAAGCCACUUUCUUGAUUGUUA